GUGAGGCUAGCUAGCUUGUGGUUCUACUCGGGGCAAAUGGCGGGAACGCUUCAAACCCUAAUAAGCCUCACUUCUCCGGUGACCGGAGCCGCUCCGUUCCGAUCGAGGAACCACAGGCUGACGUCAUCACUUUUUGGCUUUUCCGGCAAUCGUUCUUUCGGUUCCAUUGACAGCAAGCCAUCGUUUCCUCGAAAACUCCGUUCAUUUACCGGAACACUCGUAAUAAGAAACAGCACGAAUUCCGCUCAGGGAAAUGAUGAUGCGAAUCAACCUCCACAAGAGUUGGGACUUUCGAACUUUUUGGUUUCUGCAGAACCUUUGUUGAAAUUUGCUGCUAGCAAUUUUCUGCCAUUAGCGCUUAUCGGAGGAGUAGCAUUAGGCCUCACAAAUCCUAGUCUCGGAUGUCUUGCUCAUAGUUAUCAUUUAUCAAAAUUCAGCACUUUUGGGAUAUUUAUCAUAUCAGGACUGACACUGCGUAGUGAAGAAGUUGGUGCAGCUGCUGAAGCAUGGCCAGUCGGACUUUUUGGCCUAGCUUCUAUUUUAUUGUUUACUCCCCUCCUCUCCAGAAUUGUCCUGCAACUUCACCUCCAACCUCAAGAAUUUGUCACAGGACUAGCUCUAUUUUGCUGUAUGCCAACAACAUUAUCAAGUGGAGUUGCUCUAACCCGGCUUGCUGGAGGUAAUUCAGCCUUGGCUCUUGCGAUGACUAUAAUAUCAAGUCUGUUGGGAAUUCUGAUUGUUCCUUUUUCUAUAUCAAAACUUAUAGCUGGUGGAAUGGGUGCAUCUGUUCCGGCUGACCAAUUAUUCAGAAGCCUUAUUGUCACACUUUUGAUACCUUUGAUUUUGGGGAAGGUUUUUCGGGAAUCCUUUAAAGGCUUGGCGGAUAUUGUUGAUAGUAAUCGUAAGCUCUUAUCAGUAGUGAGUGCAAUAUUACUAAGUUUGGUCCCUUGGAUACAAGUGAGUAAAUCAAGAUCGCUGCUUCUGAUGGUUAAGCCCACAGUUUUUCUUGUAGCUGUCUUAAUGGGAGCGCUUCUUCACCUCAUACUAUUAGGUUUCAAUGCCAUCUCAAUACAAAUCCUAUGUGCUGUAUCUGGUGGCAGCAAGUCAGUUUUUGCGAAGAAGGAAAAUUCUAGCGCCCUCUUACUUAUUGCAAGUCAGAAAACAUUGCCGGUGCUUGUUGCAGUUGUGGAUCAACUCGGUGGUUCAUUUGGUGAAUCUGGUUUGCUCGUCCUUCCCUGUGUCGCAGCACAUUUAAACCAGAUUAUCAUGGACUCUUUCUUAGUAAGUUUUUGGAACAAGAAGGAACAAUCACUUGGUGAUGCCAAGAUGGCUUAGAUUGCAAUCCAAUGUGAAGGAAGACUAGCUUUGUUGUGGAAAAAGGGUUGGCUUUAUUUUCAGAACAUUUUAACUAUAUCCAUCUCACAAUCAUCAUGGAGUGGUAAAAAAUACCAGUUCUGUUGAUUGCAACAAUUUUAGCGAUUGUAAUGACUGAAAACAUGUUCGGUGGAUAUAUUUAUUUUGUUCUUUUCUAGUGA